GACGACCUGCUUGUCAAGAGAAGAAGAAGGACAAAUUCAACUAUCGCUAUCGAGAAUCCAUAUCGCAGUGCAAAGCACACAAAGUCACAGCUCGCAUGCCGACUUGAAGAUAGACUACCCGGCUUCUGGGCCAUCAAUCGUCUGCUCUGACUGGUCUACUGACCUUCCCCAUCGCUUGAAGCUAUCGACACUCGAGGUGCAUACAAAGGACCAACAAUAGCAUCAUGUGGAACAGCUUGUCCAACUUUGCGCAAAAGGCGCAGGUCUUUGUCGACCAGAACCUGCAGCCGGCCUUGAACAACCUCGCGCCCUCGGACAACCGCUCAUCCAAGGCCGCCCUCUUCCGUCACCAGUUCCGUCUGCCAGAUUCGCAAAAUCCCCUUUACGAGAUCACUGCCGAACUGACCUUGCCGCCUAAGACGCCCUCGUCAUCCAAGUCACCGACCGAUACACCACGCAAGAGCCAUGAGCAGAGAAACAACUGGGAUCGCGAACGUGGAAACCACUACGUCGGUCGCUUGCAUCUGUCUGAGAAGUUCCUGUGUUUCUCGACGCAGAACUCGAGCUUCUCGCCUACUGCUAGCACUUCGUUGUCUACUGUCUUCACUGGCCAGACCAAUGGAGCUGGCCCUGCUGGCAAUGGCUUCACACUCCCUCUAUGCGCUGUGCGUCGUGUCGAGCGUCUGCACAGUCAGAGCUACAUGUUCGCCCUGUCUAUCACUACAUGGAAUGGCUACCCUGCUGCGGAUGAGAAGAACACAAAACACACAGCCAAGACUGCUCCUCCAGCACCAAAGCUCACUAUCCAGCUGGCUGGCAGUAGAGUGCAGUGCGAGAAGUUCUGUGACAUGCUGAAGAAGGGUCUACGUGAGGGCAUGCGUGAAGUCGAUGGUAUGCGCAAGGUCGUGGGAGAGUGCUACUCCGAGUACAUGCUGGCUGCUGAGGCCAAGCGUCGCAAUGAGAAAGACGCUCCUGCUGAGAAGUUGAUCGACGAUCAGAAUCCUGAAGAGCAGUUGAAGCCUCCAGAUGCUGGUUUGGGUAUGCAGUUCCGCUAUCCUGGUGACCCAAAGAAACUCAGAGACAAGGGCAAGAUGAGAUUGUGGUACGAGUAUCUACGAGAAAAUGGCCGCAAUGCCACUCUUGUCAGACAACCAGAUCUCCCUCGGCUCGUGAGAAUUGGUCUACCGAACAGACUUCGUGGAGAAGUGUGGGAGCUCACAUCAGGCUCCUUCUACCUACGAAUGCAACAACCCAAGCUCUACCAGGACACAUUAGCAAAAUACGAGGGCCAACAUUCGCUCGCUAUCGACGAGAUCGAAAAAGACCUGAAUCGCAGUCUGCCCGAGUACCCUGGUUUCCAGAGCGAAGAAGGCAUCGGCCGCCUACGCCGCGUUCUCACUGCGUACAGUUGGACCAACCUCGAAGUUGGUUACUGUCAAGCCAUGAAUAUCGUUGUGGCUGCUCUGUUGAUCUAUCUCUCCGAAACCCAAGCUUUCUACCUUCUAGCCAUUCUUUGCGAUCGUCUCCUACCAGGCUAUUACUCGCAAACCAUGUACGGCACUCUCUUGGAUCAACGAGUCUUCGAAUCACUUGUUGAGAGAACAUUGCCCAUUUUGUCCGAACAUCUAGCCAAAUCAGACGUCCAACUCUCAGUCGUUUCGCUUCCAUGGUUCCUCUCCCUCUACAUCAAUUCAAUGCCCCUCAUGUUCGCAUUCCGUGUUUUGGAUGUUUUCUUCCUUGAGGGCCCCAAGGUCUUGUUCCAAAUUGGUCUGGCCAUUCUCAGGGUCAAUGGAGAGGAGCUUCUGGACGCCACAGACGAUGGUACUUUCAUCUCUGUUCUCAAAUCAUACUUUGCUCGUCUCGGCGAGUCGGCCCACCCCAGAUCCGAAAACCCCAAGCUGAGAGCUGUCACAAACUUCCAAGCGCUCAUGGUUGUUGCUUUCAAGGAGUUCUCUGGCAUCACACAACAAAGUAUCUCCGAUCUCAGAGCAAAGCACAAGGAUGCUGUACUCGACAAUAUCGAGUCCUUCGCAAAGCGCACAUCCAUCAGAAAUCUUGGACCUGAGAGCAAGAAGUUGAGCACCCUCGAUCUUGGUUUCUUGUACGACAGAUUCUAUGGUGUGCUCUACGAAAGACAGCAGAGGAUGGAAAUGAUUCAACAAGAGCAAGAGCGCAAGGCAAAGGCUGCAAAGACCAAGGCUUCAGAAAUUGUCAGUGGUAUUCCUAGCAAUGUUGAGAAGGGCAGAGUCGGUCUUGGUCCCAGUCCUACUGAGAUGGAUUACGACAGCUUCAGAGAGUUCCUGGCUGGUCUUGCCAGAUGGGCGAUCACCGACUCGCCUAGCUCGCCCGCCAAACAAGACUCGGAGAAGAACGGAGGAUACUUCAGCAAUACUUUCCGCGCUCGCUCUGUGUCGUUGUCGCCUUGGGGUUCUGGACCCGAGCCUACGGAUCACGAGUUUAUGAAGCGUCUGUUCAAGUCUUGGGACACUGACAAUUCCGAAGCUCUCAACCUGCAGAAGGUCGUGGCCGGCUUUGCCCGCAUCAAGGGCCCUCGCGACAUCAUGUCCAACAUCAGCUACUUCUUCGAUCUCUACGAUGACGACAAUGAUGGAAAAGUCGAUAGAGAGGGUAUCCUACGCAUAUCAGAGGCUUUGCUCUUCUUGUCGAGGCGAGGUGUCAUUGGAGUCACACCUUCUGCAUCCUCAACCAACCUUGCCGCACAGGCAGAACUCGGACCUGACGGUAUGCCGAUGAAGGUCAACAAGGAUGAACAGUUCUUGAGCAGCAUUUCGGCUUUCAUUAGGAGAUGUUUCGAGUAUGCUGACCCUGAUCAAUCGCCCGAUGGCACCGAACAACCCUCCACCGACGCCACCGCGAAGACCGAGAAAGAGUCUGAAGACUCAGUAUCGGCUGCAGCAGACAAUCUCAAUUCCUUCAGUAUUGGUGACGAUGACGAUGAUGAGGAUGCUGAGGAAGAUCUAGUCAAAUUCGAUGAAGACGAAAAGACCAACCCAGAGAGCACAAAGCCGCAAGACGAUGAUAACACCUCAGUACCAUCCAUCACCAAGACGCCUGUAACGCCGAUCAGCAAUGCUCCAUUCAGCUUCGGUCAGACAACACCGAGCAAGAACGCGAGCGCCAACAAGGCUCUCGACCCCAACCACCCUUUGUUCAUCACUCUUCCCACCUUCCGCAUGCUCAUCCUCGCCGAUGAAGCGCUCGAGACCUUCUUCGACUCGGGCUUCCCUAACUCCUUCCAUCUCGCCGAUGCACCUCUGCCCGCCGGUACCGUGUCGACCGCCAACCUCACUACUUUCAGCAACCUGCCAGCCAAGGUCAAUCUGCCCGUACUCAGCCCCGGCGGACCUGGAGCAGGUGUCAUGGCACCCGGAAAGGGACUUCGUGGUAUGCUCGACAACAUCGUUACGGAUGGUAUGCGUGUGGCCGCCGAAGUCCGCCGCCGUAUGGACGAAGCUCAACGUGAGAUCGACCGUGGCGCUUCUACUCGUGGCACAGAGUCAGAUGACGAAGAGGAGGAUGAAGGUGGUCGUGAUUUGCUGGAGGGCGCCGAAGUUGAUGCUGCCGCUCCCCCACUACCGCCUGCACGUACCGAGAGUAUUGAUGCUGCCGCCGAGAAGACAAUGGCACAAGAGGUGGAAGCUGCGAAGAUGGACAAGGGCAAGGGAAAGGCGAAGGAAAUUGAUGAUAUCCAGAAGAGUACGGUGUUUGAGCGAUAGAUUCCUUAUGACUAUAGCUUUGAAUUGGAGUUUAUGAGAUUGAAGACAAGAUGUCGUCGUUACAUGGUAGAACAAGUGAAACGAUAGCGGUCUGUGUCCUUUUGGUACUUGGUGUUCGGGGCAAGCGGCUUUUGGUUGUCGUCGUCGGUUUCUUUUCUCCACGCU